AGAGUAUAUAAUGAACAUAAAACAAUAGUCGUAGUGGUGCUACGUAAAGCACGAAACAUCUUAGAUGGACUUUUCCAUAGCCUAGCGACUGCAUAAUAUCAAUAUGCAAUUGGGAAGAUGGUGUAGUGGUAGCUCACUUGGCUUGCAUUCAUAAAGUUUCAGAUAAAAAUGAAUUUAAAAAGUAUUUUAAACAAACUGAUCAAAUCCCGAGAUGUAACACCAUUACCAUGGACUGUUGUGGUUGUCUUAUUUUUUAUUAUGAUACUUGACAAGAUGAUAGUGACAAUGGUGUUUUCAUUCUUACCCAAAUUGGUCAAGUCUUUUGGAACAUUUGAGGCUGACACAGGGUAUUAUGUUGGCAUCAUUGCUUCUGCUAUGAGCAUUGGACAAACAUUUUUUAGCUUAUUCUGGGGAUACAUGGCUGAUGUGAAAGGGAAAAAACCAACCUUGAUUGUUUCAACUGUAGCGACUAUGCUUUCAACACUUGCAUUUGGUUUCACUUAUAAUUUUGAAUGGGCUGUUACUACACGAUUUCUUCAAGGAGCUGCUACAGCUAUUAUUGUGAUUUCAAAAUCCAUCAUGGCAGAUCUUUGCGACAACUCGAAUAUGCCUCUUGCCAUGACAAUUUUAUCUUCCACUAGUGCAGUUGGCUUAAUUAUUGGACCAAGUGUAGCAGGUUUUGUGGUAUUUUCAUCGGAACAAUACCCUGAUGUUUUCUCUGAAGAUUCAAUUUUUGGAAGAUUUGGAAUCCUGCUUCCGAAUUUAAUUCUGGCGAUUGGUUUUGCUAUUGGUGUCAUUCUGAUCACACUGUUUCUUCCAAAGUGUUCAAACAUGAAAGAAUGCACCCAAGUCAGUUUCCUAAACACCCUUUAUGGAAUCGCUACAUUUGCAAACUACGAAUUGUUUCCGUUGUAUGCUGCCACUUCUGCUAAAUAUCAUGGGAUGAGUUUUUCUACUUCCGACAUUGGUUUACUGUUACUGAUAGUUUCUGCAUGUUUCCUUCCAACACAGCUGUUGCUCACAUCCAGAAUUAUAAGAUGUUAUGGUUCAAGAAAGGUUUUUAUUGGAGGUAACCUAUUGUUAGCGUUCGUCAGCCCUUGGACACCAAUUCUUGUUGAAAUUAUCUCAAACAGAACUGGUUGGUGGAUAGCUGUUGCGUUCGCUUUAUUUAUACAACACUUAUGCAUGUCAACCGGUUAUGUCACCCUUAAUAUUCUUAUCAAUAAUACAGUGACAGCAGAUCUUAUGGGAUCUGCAAAUGGCCUUGCAAUGAUCUUUUUAUCACUUGGAAGAAUUAUCGCACCAAUUGCCAUCGGUAGCAUAUAUUCUUGGUCUCUCACAAACAUCAAAGAUGUCUCAUCGAAUACUGAUCCGAUAGGAUUUCCAUUCAAUCAAUACUUUUGUUUUUUUAUUUUAUUGCUAUUAUUUACAUCGAACGCUAUCUUUGCUUCAACACUUUCACCGACAUUAGACAAUAAAAAGAUAAUCCAUUCUCAAGAAGACGAUGAACAAGGUUGCAGCACUUGUUGAUGUAUAAUCAUAAACUGGGCAUAUGGUUAUAUGGGCGUAUAACCAACCGACGUGAAGUUCCGUUAUAACCACUCAACUAAUCUAAAAAAUGAACCACAAAAUUGUUAUGCAUGAAUUACCCUGAAAUAUGUCGUCUUGUACUCUGUGGUCACUUUCUACCACCAUAGUACUAAAAAAAUCUUAAUUUUCUAAUUUAUUUUCGGUAUGUUCCUGUUUGUUGCUUUCUUAGUAACUAAAGGAAAAGAAAUUUUCCUAAUUAUAUGUUUUUUUAAAAAGUUGGAAAUUUAUUUUAAAAUCAUAUCCAGUAUCAUUGAAUUGUUGUGUCUAUAAGUUUCCAAAUUAAUCUCACAUAAAAAGUUCUGUUUUUGGUGGCAUCAUUACAUUCAAAGCGAGAAGGUUUAGAAAGUCAAGGGGACACAACUCAGCAGUUUCUAUUAAAACCACCCUUUACAGGUUGCUGUAUUGAUGCCAACUUCAAUGUUGUAAAAAAAAUGAUAAACCGUUUCGUGGUGAUAACUUAAAAAUGUAGCAAAAGCGGCUCAAUGGAUGGAUUUCAAAGAACUACAAUACAAGGUUAGGCUUUAACUGGAAAUCGCCUAAUUAUAUCUAUCCUUCUCUUAUUAAACCCCCUUAGUCAACGCCGAACUGAUUUUUGAAGCCUCGUUUUUGAGCGGUGGCAUUGUUACAGAAUGCUCAAUGUUCCAUAAACAUGUUUCACAAAGGAUGCAGUCAAAAUGUGUUUGAGUGUUCUAAAGAAUUAUUUUCAUAGACUAUCUUUUUUAUUUUUUUAUCAAGCUUGAUGUGAAUUAGAUGUAGUUGUAGUAAUAAUUUUGAUCAUAAUAAUUAUUUUGACAUAGCUUUUUGGAGUCUAUAAAGUGUUUGAUUAUGUGCUAGUUGAACUGUUUAUUUGUCUAUCUCUGUAUUUUUUUCAUCUGUGGUGAAAAUUUAUAGCGUGAAAAUUUCUGGGAAUAUUGUUUUCCACUCUUCCAUAGCCUUCCCCCAAGGUUAUUUUCUUUUUUUUUGUUUGAUAGUUUUUCAACAAUUUCAUAUUUUUUAUAUUAUAUUUUUUUAUAUUAAUUGGAUGUAUAUUGUGAUAAUUGUUUUAAUUGUAUUUUGAUUUCAUUUCAAUAUUAAUAUAACACUAUUGGAGCGGAGAUCAAUUGGUACGAAAUGAUCAUAUGCUAUAUCAGAACUUCUAAAACAAAUAAUUCCAAGCCGAUUAGUCACACUAAUUUAACGUAACUAUAAAGGUCUAAUAAAUUCAGUGAAGAUUGAAACAAUG